AUGUCGAUAUCUCUUGUAGAGAUAUCUGAGCUCCUGGACCUGAUACACCAUUUGGAGCAUGAAUCUUCUACUACAGAAGAAUUCCUUGAGGCCCAAGUCCGCGAGCAGGAAAUGGCUUUAUUAUUGGAGCAAGCCAUUCGAGAAUCAAUUCAAACAUGCGAGGCUAGUGAAAAAAUUGAUGAGCGGGAUGAAGAUGACGAAGCAGAUUUGAAACGAGCAUUGGAGCUGUCUUUGCAGCCUGACGUAGCCAAGGAUGAGAUCAAAGAUGACGAUAUAAGCAGGGAGGAUGAGUUGGAUGAAGAGACCAGGUUGGCAAUUGAGCUGUCACUGAAGCAGGAUGAUGAGACCUCAGAUUCAGCGAACAAAGGGAAGCUACGCGAUGUUGUUGUUGAUUUUCCAUCGACGAACAGCUCUGUAGGGCAUCAACAUGCCUCAAGCCAAGCUCGUCGAGAAGAUUACACGGGGCCAAUGGAAGUUGACACCACAGAAACCGGGAACAAACGCGCGACAGGGAAGGAGUUCCAAAAAGAACUCCAUUCUCCGCUGGAGUGCAUACUUGAUCUGGAUGGAAACUUGAUGCAGGAGUGUUCAUGUGCAGGCGCAGCCGAGAGCGCGUGUCCCGCUUUUGGUGCCAGACAUACGAACAUCCUUUCAAAUUUAGAGAUCGAGUUUGCCUUCCCUGGCGAGUUUGGAGUGAUAACACACUUACCGCAAGCACCAGAGUGUUCUUGGUCGAUUGGCAGCAGGUCGGAAAGCGCCGUCCCGCCGCGUCUGGGGAUUACCAUCGUGCCUGUUGCGGCUGAGCUUGCAAUUGCUGAUCCAGCAUUGCGCAAGCGCCGUAUGUCGACUGGUCUGACUGAAAACAGGCCGCUCAAAUGUGUGCGAAAGGCGGACGACCCCAUAGAGGAUUUCUUGUGUAGGCUUGACGAGGUAACGUUGCAGCUGUCAUCGACAGUCCCGGUUUCCCCAGCGAUCGUCGACGUCAUGGAGCAGGCGAAGCAACUUCGCAGGCGCGUCGAGAGCUUGCCAACCAGUACCAGCGGCAUCAUAGCUGGCCACAACGCUAGAAUUCUUCGCCUCGCCGAACUAGUUCUUGAAGCCACGUCGUUUCUUAUCACUCCACCGAAGGAUAAAGAACACCCGGUUCAAUUCUUUGAGUUCCUUAACAAAGCUCAACACUCUGCAGGCGCGUUCUUUGCGCAUCACGCACAUCGCCCAGAAGAAGAGCAGGCAUUCAAAUUGGUCGACAGCCUGGUCUCGGCGAUGGUCAAUGAGGUGAUGAAGGGUACUGCUUUGCACGAGAAAUACCAGACGUGGCAAGCAGACCAGACUCGUGAAGCAGCUGCCAAAGUGAACAGAAUGGGCUAUGAGGUUGUUCUGAUCGAGAUGAGCAAAGUGCAGAAGAAUAUCAUGAGCAUGCGAUGUGGAGCUGGGUGAGAAAACCGAGUUAGCAAAAGGACGCUUUAUCAUUCGAAAGCCCUUAGAGGUCGAUACUGCAUUUCGUACUCCGAAGUUG